UAUAUGAUACCUCAUGCAGAUCUUUUUCUUGCAUGUCAAUUUUGGGUCAAAGUCAAUCAUCCUAUCAUGAUGUUGAAGUGGCUGUUGCUGAAUCUCUAUGCCCCAAUCAUAAGCAAGAAGGUAUCAGGCUUGGCUGGGACGAUUUGUGGGUCUGCCAUGGAACAAAACUGUAAUGAAAGUCCUGACCUUGUAACUAAUGAUGAUCAGGAAUAUAACUUCACACAGCAGAAUGAUAUUAUGUCUAAGGAUGAUGAGAAAAAUACAGUGAACUCAACUAGUUUAGGUGAACUUAUACCAGAUUGCUGCUUGAUGGGAGCAGGUGUUGACCAUUUUAAUAACAGUGAUGAGCGAAGCUUGAUGGAGCAUCAAUGUUUUGAAUGUUCCUCUGGGACUCACUGCAAUGAAAAGGUUGAUAAGGUUUAUACUUAUAACAGCACUCAGCAGCUGCUUGUUCCUGAGUCAUGUUCAACAAGUACUGGAGUGCUCGAUUGUGAUUUUAAUGACCAGACAUAUGGUGGUGUUUUUGGUGGUUGGAGGUGUUCUGGGACACUUUCUUCUCAAGGAACUACUUCUAUAAUAUUAAAACUCAAGCUUCUACAUGGGACCCACCCGAAGGCAUGGAAAAUCUAGUAUUUGAUAACCUUAAUGAUAAGUCAAAUGAAACGGCUACAGACUUCAUUCAGAAAUACAUACGCGAUGAUGGAUUAGAAAAACUGCUGUCUGGUGAAAAUUGCGAGACCAGUGGUGGUUGCGAUGGUGAUGGUGAAGCUACAUUUAACUUAAUAUCAGAUGUUCAGGACAAUCUUGGCAGUGUGACCAAGACACCCAUUGAAACAAUAUGUGAUGCUGAUGAUAUUGCUUUAGAAACCAUUGCUUUAGCAACAGACCAGGUGGAUACCCUGCUUGCGGCUGCUACUAUUAAAGGGAAAAAGAAAACAAGAAGACGAUCUCAGAGGAAAUUGUCUCGGAAUGAUGAACUUCAAUUCCAAGGAAUGUCUGAGGUGUACUCUGCCAUUAUUAGUAAAUAUUGGUGUCAGAGAUAUCUACUAUUCUCCAGAUUCGAUGAGGGUAUUAAAAUGGAUGAGGAAGGAUGGUUUUCUGUAACUCCAGAGCUUAUUGCUAGGCAUCAUGCAUCCCGUUGUGGGAGUGGCAUUGUUGUUGACUCUUUUACUGGAGUUGGUGGGAAUGCCAUUCAAUUGUCCAAGAGGUGUGUGUCACAGUCGGAGGAUAUGAGCGUGGAAAUGAAGAAGGAAUUGGGGAAAGAAGAAGUCAAGGGUUGGGGAUUGAGGCACGAGAUGGGAUUGAAAAUGAGGAAUUGGGGAAAGAAGAAGUCAAGGGUUGGGGAUUGAGGCACGAGAUGAGAUUGAAAAUGGGGAAUUAGGGAUUGAAGCACGAGAAGGGGGAAUGAUGUACUUACCCUCUUAUGUGGAGCAACCUGUGUACCCGGUUUAGGUAGAGUUGGAUUUGCCCGAGUCUUCAGUCCAGGAAGAGUUGGAGCAGCUCAAGUCAUGUGGCCCAAUAACCUGCAAAGAGAAAGAAGAUAAGCUUAGUCUGUUAUAAACUGUUAGAAAGGACAGCCAACUGGCAUCCUUUCCAAUUUUCGUUUUUAGCCCUGUAACUAAAUAAUACUGGCUGU